ACACGAGCAGACGGGCAUAUAUUAAGGAAGUAGUUAGUCAUCCUUUCCACCCAGCUAAAACUAAAACAAUUAUUUUAACCAACCCACCCGCCACCAUCCCACCUGGAAGAUGGCGGUGACGGACUUCUUCGCCGGCGAGAUCGCGACGGAGCUGCUGAAGCAGCUGUGGGACAUAUCCCGAAAGUCAUGCCUCUGCAAAUCAACCGCCGACAACCUCAUAUCCCACCUGGAGCAGCUCCUCCCCAUCAUCCAGGAGAUCAAGUACACCGGCGUCGAGCUCUCCGCCGUCCGGCAGGCCCAGCUGGACCGAUUCUCCGAGCUCCUCCGCGACGGCAAGGAGCUCGCCACCAAGGUCCUCAACUCCGCCCGCUGGAACUUCUACAAGAACCUCAUGUACGCCCGCAAGCUCGAGCGCCUCGAGAAGCGCGUCGCCGUCUUCAUGCAGGGCCCACUCCAGGCCCACCUCCUCGCCGACGUCCACCACCUCCGCUUUGACACCGCCGAGCGGUUCGACCGCCUCGACCAGUCCAACCACCGGAUCGAGACCUGGCUCGGCUCCCUCAAGAUCGGCGUCGGAGGACCAGCCUGGGUCGAGGAGGCGAUUCGGCAGGCCGAGGAGGAUGACCACCACGCCAUGAACGAGGAGGGUAGUUUGGUCAAUAUGGGUCUGGACUUGGGGAAGAAGAAGGUUAAGGAGAUGGUUAUCGGGAGAGACGAUUUGAGUGUCGUUGGGAUUUCCGGCAUUGGCGGCUCUGGCAAAACCACUCUCGCCAGAGAGUUUUGCAGAGACGAUGAUGUUAAAUCUCACUUCAAGGACAGGAUUUUGUUCCUAACGGUGUCACAAUCUCCGAACGUGGAGCAGUUGCGGUCGAGGAUUUGGGGGUUUUUGAUGGGGAACGAUAAUCUGGGGGCCAAUUACGUUAUUCCUGAAUGGAACUUACAGUGUCCAUUGAAGACAAGCGUCCGAAAUCUGGUCGUUUUGGACGACGUUUGGUCGCUUCAAGUGCUAGAAAGGCUGAUCUUCAAAAUCCCCGGCUGCAAAACACUUGUCGUUUCUCGUUUCAAGUUCCCGACGGUCCUCAAUACAACGUACGAAGUCGAGUUGUUGAGAGAACAAGAAGCUCUUGCUCUGUUUUGUCACUCUGCCUUUGGACAGAAAUCCAUGCCUCCGAAUGCUAAUCAUAAUCUGGUCAAACAGAUUGUCAACAAGUGUAAAGGUCUUCCGUUAGCCCUCAAGGUCAUUGGAGCUUCGUUACGGGACCAGCCGGAAAUGUACUGGGAAAGCGCCAAGAACAGGUUGUCUCGCGGGGAAGCCAUUUGCGAGUCCCACGAGAAUCACCUUCUUGAGCGAAUGGCGAUAAGCGUGAACUGCUUGUCUGAUAAAGUUAGGGAGUGUUUCUUGGACUUGGGAGCUUUCCCCGAGGACAAGAAAAUCCCCUUGGAUAUCCUCAUCAACAUGUGGGUCGAAUUGCACGACAUCGACGUGCAAGAAGCCUUCGCCAUUCUCGUCGAGCUCGCGAACAAGAAUUUGCUCACCCUGGUAAAAGAUGCGCGAGAUGGAGAUGUGUACACCAGCUACUAUGACGUUGCUGUUACUCAGCAUGAUGUGUUGAGGGACCUGGCACUGCAUCUGAGUAACCGUGGCAAUAUAAGUGAGCGGAAGAGGUUACUAAUGCCGAGGAGAGAAGCGGGGCUUCCAAAAGAAUGGGAAAGGAAUUCAGAUAAUCCAUUUAACGCUCGGAUUGUUUCUGUUCAUACAGGGGAAAUGAACGAAAUGGACUGGUUCCAAAUGGAGUUUCCAAAGGCUGAAGUUCUGAUAUUGAAUUUCUCAUCAGAGGAAUACUUCUUACCUCCCUUCAUGGAGUACAUGCCAAUGCUUAGGGCAUUGGUAAUCAUAAAUUACCAUUCAGCCAAUGCAUUCCUUCGCAAUUUCCCUGAAUUUUCGAGCCUGGCCAACCUAAGGAGUCUCUGGCUUGAAAAAGUUUCAGUCCCUCAGUUAUCAACUUCCACUGUCCCACUAAAAAAUUUGAGAAAACUAUCCCUGGUCCUCUGCAAGAUCAACAACAGCUUUGAUCAAUCUGUGGUGGACUUGCCCCAUACAUUCCCUGCUUUGUUGGAAUUCACGAUCGAUCACUGUGACGACUUGUACGAGCUUCCUUCGAGCAUCUGCAUGAUGCCUUUCCUCCAGAAUAUGAGCAUCACCAAUUGUCACUAUCUAUACAAACUACCAGCUGAGCUGGGAAAGCUCAGGUCUCUACAUAUUCUGAGGUUAUAUGCGUGCCCUGAACUAAAGGAGCUUCCUCUCAGCAUUUGCGAGCUACUUGGCUUGAAAUAUCUCGACAUAUCGCAAUGCGUUAAACUGUCAUGUCUUCCUCAAGGGAUCGAUAGGCUUGCGAGCUUGGAAAAGAUCGACAUGCGGGAGUGUUCUAGGUUCAGGAGUAUCCCAAAGUUUUCUGCUUCUUUGAAGUCUUUAAGGCAGGUAAUCUGCGAUGAUGAGGUCUCUUGGCUAUGGGAGGACGCCAAGAGCGCAUUGCCGAAUCUUUACAUUAAGGUUGCCGAGAAAUAUUUCAGCCUGGACUGGCUUGACGAGUGAACUAUAUCUAGUGACCAUCAAAAAUUGUAUUUGGUGUUUGAUGUACAUAAUUUUGUAAACAAUUUCCGAAGUAAUAAGAAGUUCUAUUCCACUCUCUUUUUGCAUUUUCA